AUGCAAGAAGAAAGGAACAAAGAGAACGAAAUACAUUUAAUUACUCAACUUGAUAGUAACAACUUAUCCUUAUACUCCUCAAAGAAACCACUAAGACCAUUACAACUUAAUAAUACCAUUUCUGGGGUAAAAUCACCGAAACUUCCGAGUACUAAAAUGCCAACCCUUCAUACACCACGAAGUCGACAGCACAGUGGCGCUUUCUUACAGACAGAUAAUUCUUUACUUGGAGAAUCUAAAGCUUUCGAACGACAAUUUGCUGAUUCACUAUUGAAGCAUAAUGAUUUAAGGCUUGAAAAUCAACGAUUGGAUAAUGAAUUAUAUGAAAGAAGAUCUCAAAUUGAAGUACAACAUAAGAGAAUACUGUAUUAUGAACAAUGUCUAAAGGAUAAAGAAUAUGAAAGUCUAAAGAAUCAAGAUUUGCUCCAGAAACAGAUAUCUAUGUAUAAAGAGACAAUAGAUGAUUUACAACGAAAGAUUAUCACCCUAUCAGAUGAAUUAGCAAUUAAUAGAACAAAGUUAGAACAAAGUAGAAAUGAAAUACAGCAGUCCAUAGAUACAAAUGAUAAACAAGAUAUUACCCAGAAAUAUGAAAAAUUAAUGCAUGAAUAUAAAGUUUUAGAAAGUAAUUUCGAAUUGGAAAUAAAUGCAAAACUGGUUUUAAUGGAUCAAAUAGAAUAUCUUUCUCAUGAAAAUGAAGAUCUUAUAAAACGAAUCGGACUGCUGUCCUUGGAUGAUUUAUCAUUUCAGAGAACUAAUUCUAAUGAAUUCAUGUCUGAAUUACAUCAUGAAACUAAUCAUACUAUGAAUAAUCUAAGUGACGAAUCUCAAGAACUAAUAGAUCCCAACUUUGUUUGCUUUGACCAUUCAUCUCCAAUAAAGAAUGAAGCGAAUGUUUCACUGGAAUCCUUACAUGUUGCUGAUAGUUUUCAAUUUCCUCCAUCCGAUAGCUCCCUUGGGAUAAUAGAUCAAUACACAACCCCAGAUCAACCACAUUCUCAUCGAUUUCCACCUUCACCUGAUCCCAAACUGAAGAAUGAAAAGAGAAGUUCAUUACCUCUUCAACAAAUGCUGUAUAUUUGUGAAGGUGAAGAAUUUGUAUUAUCUCCAUUCAAACUAACGACACCAUUAUCGGAGAAUGGUGGGAAGGAACCUCGUGGAAAACAUACACAUACAAGAUAUAACAGUCACGAUAUACUACCCAUAAUGGUUGAAUUUGAACCACCGACAAAGAGGAGCACGUCUAUGCCAGACAAAAGACAUUCUCCUCUAACGAUGUUCAAUAAUGUAAUAAAGGACUCCAGCGAUGAUGGGAAGGAAGAUCAUCGGAAUGAUGCUUUAUUGGCAUUAAAUGGGUUUGGUGGGGAGCUUAAUCCCAAUAGUGUUUCAUCGUCUAAGCGUUCGAGUUAUAUUGAUGAUGAUAAGACAAGACAAGAAAUUACAAAACUCAAAUUUGAAUUGCAAUCAUUGAAAUUACAUAAUGAAAAGCUAUUAUCAUAUAUUGGAUUUGAGUUACAGAAACAAAAGAAGAAUAUUAAACGAUUAUCCAAGAAGCAAUCGCAACAAUCCUUGCUGCUUGCUGUCCAACAACAACAUCAAAAACACCAGACUUUCCCUAGAACUAUGGAGUAUUCAGAUGCAAAAUUGAUAGAAUCAUCCCGAGAUGAACUCAUAAAGAAAAAGAGAGUGUUAAGAUCGGUUUCCAUAAAUGCCAUCUUAACCAAGGAUUAUAAUAGAUUGGGAUCUGAUCCUGAUGCAACUCCAAGAGAUUCAAUUUCCGACUUUAGUAAGUUAGGAUUGCAUGCACAAAGAAGUGUUUAUAGUAGUCCAGGAUAUUUGAAUAUCGGUAGUGAUUAUGAUGAUAUUGAUGAUAUUGACGAUGAAGACGCCUAUGAUGCUGAUUGUGGACUUGGGAUAUAUAAGUCUGAGAUUCAUGUACCCAAGAAUCUCAAGAAGUUUGCUUCUGAAGUUUUCUCGAAACGUGGUUUAUAUUCCUUAAGCGAAGAUGAACAAGACGAUGACGAUGAAGAUGACGAAGAAGAAGAGGCUAAAGAAGCUAGUUGGCCAGAAGAAUUUUCUACGACUGAAAAUUAUUCAUCUUCUUCAGAAGAAGAAAUUGGGAUGUUGAAACAAAUUCAAUAUUUGGUUAUGGGAAAUACUAAUAAAAAGUCCAAAGGUAAACACAAGAGAAAAGAGGACCAACAUUUGGUGGAUGAUGGUUUGAAAUUUAAAUUCUUGACAAUUGCCUUGGGUAUUAUCAUUAUUGGAUUGAAAUUAACUCCAGGUAAUCAUGACGGUUAUCCGUCAAUUACAUAA